AUGUGUAGAGUGAGCGAGAAGCAGUCGGGCUUAGCCUUGGGCUUGCGCUUUCGCCUGGAGGCGGAUCAGCUGAGUGCGAAUUUGGCACUCCGACGGUUGACGGCGGAAGAAUGGGAUUUGGUUGGCGCCCAUCAAACAAAGCAGACGCCGACAAUAAGUCAGCCCUUGCUUUCAAAGCGCCAGGCUAGCUCUGACAUGGCCACCUUGCUGCACCUGCUUCCACCGCAAGAUGCCGGCUCCGGCUACAAAUUGAGCGUCCUAUUUUGUAUGAAUGACGUCGCCGCAAUGCACAUUGCUCUCAUCCGAAGUUUAGAUCUCAGGAGGGUGAGCGGGGCGUCUACUCAUGAUGAAGGGCUGCACCGAACGAAUGUUGAAUUGUUCGCAACGACAUCGGGCGGAGAUCGUCUGCUUUUGAUCCGCAGACGGUACGGUACACAAACGCUGCUGGACACACCCACCGUGUCGGUCGAAGAAGAGACUGGGCGCUUUACUGGAGGCCACUCAGACAAAUCCCUCGUCACGCAACGGGGCAAAUCUUUUACCCAAGACAAGCGAGGUCUGAAGCUGAGUAAUGCCUGUGCAACGUGGCAGCGAACCGAGUUUGACUGCAGCAUCACCGAAACCCACGACUCUUUUGCUGCUUCCAGCAAGGAUUCGUAUCGACUGUACAGUGCACUGUGCAGGCGAAUUGAAGAGGCGCGGAAUGGAGUUGGCGACCGGAAGCAGUUCUGCAGUGCUAUCGGAAAUCACGUACACCAUACAGAUCCAGUGUUUUCGCUUGUACGACCCGGAUUUGCUGCGGACUGGCACCCGAAGGCAUUUGCUGUUUUUCUCUCAUCGCUCGAGCGACAGUCGACUUUGGCAGCCAAUCGACUGGACGACAACGACCACGAGCGCUCGAUCCCUCUCACCAUGCCUGACAAGACGAAUACUCUUCAGCUAUCAUCUGCACUUCGACGCCACCUGCGCUCCUUCAUUCGGCGUCGCCAGCCCGAACUUUCUGUGGGGACUUGGCGUCCGCUGUCAUUACGCCAUCUUCAUCUGGCCGAAUCGCCCACUCAAAGCAGCCACGAGCACUGCAGCACGACGUCAGUCUUCAUCAAGACCUUUGUCCGCCACUCUGCAGCUCCAAUCUUCCUUCUGAAGCGUGGGUCCGGAAAUACGAGAGCCAGUGCUAAGGUUCGAAAGAGCCGUCGAAAGCUCAAUCGCAUCGAGCAGGCUUCUUGCGUCUUUCCUAAGCGUAGUGAAUAA